CCAUGAUGUUUCCAAAGGGUCGACAGCGACGGCAGUGUUAUUUUGUGAUUUCGUGAAUUCUUCAGUGGAAAGGGUGACAACCUAUUUCCUCGAUGAGAAAGUUACUCAAUUAACAUUCUUAGCAGUGGGAGAGAGUUUUGUGACGAACCUCUGGCGAACUGGUCCGUUUAUGAGAGACAAAUCUGUGAUCACAAAUUUACAGUGGAUUAAAAACCCAUAAUUCCUGUUGCGGAAUAUGACCACGGAAAUGUAAAAAAAAUCCAAGAGAAGUGGCCAUGACAGCUACCAAGAUGUUAACUUUCGGUUUCCAAGUGCCAUAAAAGAGCAGUUGACCAGCAGAGUGACUAGGAAACGUCAUAUAUGUUAAAGACACCGAGAGAAAAAAUAUGCCGUAGCAUGGAGAAAUCAUUUUCCCACAGCUGUGUGCAGCCAUAACAUACAACAUUUUUAGUACUUUUGAAAGCAUGUCAGUUUAUUAGAGUGAAACCUCUCUUUGCAGAAAUUUUGAUCUGAUGACAAGAACAUGAAGAAACUACUGCUGUUUGGGAUUAGUCUCUGGUUUGUUUAUCUAAGUCAUGCAAGAGAUGUCAAAAUGGGGAUUAUUCUACCUUUCACUGGAAGUUGGCCAGGUGGAUCAAAGAUGGCAUCAGCUAUUCUCAUUGCUAUGGACAAGGUGAACAAUGAUCCGUACUGGCUCCAAGGGCACAAUCUUUCCUAUGUUUUAAAGGAUGACAGAUGCGCGGCAAAAACGUCUCUUGAAAUUUUGGUGGACUACUAUACUAUAGAAGACCCCCCAGUUGAUGUCUACAUUGGACCUGGUUGUUCUGUUGGAUGUAUACCUGGCGCCUAUAUAGCAGCCCACUGGAGUAUUCCAAUGAUAUCUUGGGGUUGCAUUGCCUCUGUAUUAUCAGACAAGACACUGUAUCCAUACUUUGUACGCACGGCUGGUACUCACAGUGGUAUAGGUAAUCUCCUUAGAGCCUUACUGAAACAGUACAGUUGGGACAGGAUGGGCAUCUUGACUUCAACACAAAGUUUUUUUUCAGAGACAGGUACUACAGCAAAGGUCACACUGGAGAGGGAUGGAAAGUAUUCUGUACCCUUUUUUGGCAGCUUUGAUCCUGGUGAGACAGACACUUACAAAUUGACUUCUUUGGUGAAAUCCAUGGCAACCAAAGCACGUGGUAAGUUGACAAACUUGAAAACAAGUCACGUCAGCCCACAUAUAGGUGUUUCAAGAUUUAGUUCAGAAAAUUGUUGAAAUUGUUUAAGUCAAAUGCUACCCACCAGGUAGGUCUCUAUCCCGUUUAGAACACCAAAAAACUAUUGGUUUCCCUAAUGCCUAUCUACUGGAUAGUAAUUUAUCUGAAGGAUUGGGCUCAACUGGGGCCAAUUGGCCCCUAGAAAUUCUUUGUCACUACUACAGUUAACUUUCCUUGAAAAGUUCUGAGGACAAGCUGAGAAAUAUGCCCUGAAGUAAAAAGUCAUUCUGUUUUUGUAGUGUUUGUCAUAAUAAGGUGUGAUCUCAACAUGUGCUCAAGUAUUGUAGAUGCAUUCUUAGGGGAAUAUUUAAGAGUUCUUGUUUUGUUGACUUUUACAGUAACAAACUCAGGAAUCCAUAUUCAUGUUUUCUCACAGUUGUCAGCCAGGAAAGAAAGCCUUAUGGCAUACUUGCCUGGUUACAAUUAUUUGGGUUGCCCGGACAAAAGAGCAGAAUUAAUUAUAUAAAAGAAUGGUAAAAAAGUUGAGUGCAACUUUUACGUUUCUGAUUAGCUUGUUAUUUCCAUUAUAGUUACUAAGAAAGCAGCGUGCAAAGAAAGUAGUGUCCGAUAGCCCGGCAGGGCUGAAAAUAACAGCCAGUCAACAGAGAAUGUCCGGCCUGAUCUUGGACUUGACCGGUCAAACCCCGGUCUUGCCGGUCAUUUUGACUGGUCAUUUUUGGAUAUAAUCAUUUUAUUUUCAACAGAGUUGUCACUUAAUGCUCUAUAACGGUGCAAUGAUUUGUUUUUUCUUUGGCGUUUUUUGCUGCUUUGCACUAAACCCUUCUAGGAAAAAGAACACCGCAAUAAAUUAAUUUCAUGUCGUCAUGUCGUAAUGAAACGCAACAAAGUGAAUCACAAACUGAGUUAAAAAGUAACGCAACGUCGCAAGUCGUACUGUACUUUCUGCUUUGCUGUAAUUAGUAAUGGGAAUUCAAAGGAAUUCGGGCAAAUCGAUCGCAAUUCUUAACAGGUCCUCCUGUGUUUCUCCGGGAAUAAAUGUUAGCGCAUUGAUUAAUAAUAAUGUCUUUUAUGUCGAACGUGAAUCUCAUUUGCAGACUCGAUUCCAGAAUGGUCCGAUAAAAAUUUAAGCUAAUCAAGAGGGAAGGUCGUCGUCUAUCUCGGCGCUAGAUUCUCAUUCUUGUAAACAACUUUAUGCAAAUUUCUGUUGACAUUUGAGCCUUCGCAAUAAAAGGUUGCGCGAUGAUCCAAAUUUAUUUAUUUAUUGACUUCUGAUGAUAAACACGCUGUUUGUGGAACACACUUCUCGCCAAUGGAAAUCGACUUCUUUGCCGAAAACAUUAGCGACGAUUCUUCUUAGAGGAGGUGACUUUCGAUCACGUGCCAGGCAAGGAAAAAGAUCAAGUUUCACCGAUGUUCAUUUCGGAACAUCAACGUAAACAAACGUGUGCAGAUUUUGUAAAAUAACCCAAUUUUUUUGUUUUUUUCAUAAUUUCUAAAGUUUGCUGAACUGUAUGUGUAUUCCAUUUCCUGAACGUUGAGAGUUUGAAAAGGAUUUACGCUUCACUUUUUACCUCUAGAGACUUCAGACACCGCCGUGCAAUGAUACUCAAGGUAGAACAUAACAUUAGAAUGCGAAAACCGCGGAAAGGAACUCUACGAUGUGCGAAUGCAUUUUUCACCAACUUGUUGUCAAAAAUGUGAACGUCAAUGUAGUAAUAAUGAUCUAUUGCCAGCAUAACUGGAUAUUCCUUAGGCAAAAAAAAAUUAUUAGUAUUCAUUAUUUGACCGGCCAGAAUCGGGGUUUGUCUGGGCUAAAAAAUAUUUGGCCGGUCAUCAUGACUGGCAACCCGCUGUCCGUUAUUUUCAGCCCUACCCGGGGCUAGUGGAUUUUGCUGUUGGGCUAGUGGAUACUGUUUUUAACUUGCCCGAUGGGCAAGUGAUUGUUUUUUUGAGGAAUUCGAAUAACAGAAGAACUGUGAAAUCAAUUCUGCUCAUCAAGAAGCUUUUGGGACUAGUUGAAAUGUCUUCUGGCUAGUAAAUGCUAGUUUCAGCUUGCCUGAAUGGCAAGCUGUAAAAAUGAUAUUCUAUGCACCCUGAGAAAGGGUUUUAACUAAACCGUUGAGUACAAUAGGCUACAGGCCUAGGCUAAACACAGUUUAUUUACGUUUUACAAGUAGCUACGGUUGGCCAGUUUGCCAUGAAGGCAAGGCGAUGCCCUUACGUUUUCCCCCAUUUAAGGCAGCGGCUCCUGCAUCACCUUUUUUUUUCCAUUGACGGUAGCGAAACAUCUUCUAAAAAACAUCACAUCUUGAUGCAUAUAAGGCAUCGGCUUCUGCUUCACCUUUUUUUUUGGCCUUCUAAAAAGCACCACAUCUUGAUAAUCUACGAAUGGCCUCUUCAUGCAGUACUUCAUAAAAAACUGAGCCUGCGAUCGUUUCGUAGAAAAUAUCGCACGACCAAAGAUGGCGCCCAAAGCUGCUUGGUAUUCUCCAUUAUUCUAAAAUUUUUCAGUGGAUCAGAGAAGUAAUCAGAACACAGGGAAAAUGUAUAAAAUCAUAUAAGAAUUUUUGAAAAGAUUUUGUGGUUGAGCAAAACCUCACCUGUCCGAAGGGCAACUUUUUUAAAGUUAUCUUAAUGGUCUGUAUGAGAUUGUAGUCAUCUGGACGACUGGGAAUGUGGAUCCCUGACAAACUGACAAUAUUGCAUUAGAAUAUGACUUUGAAGCUUGUCAUGUCCUUUUCUGGUCACUAUCUGGCCAAAAGGAAUCAAAAUUGCCCAAAACACUGUUUAUAAGUCAUUUCCUGGCCUUCUCUUUUUGUUGCUAAAUAUCAGCUUCCAACAUUUGGGUAAGCUCAGACUGAAAGAUUUGCUUCUUCUUGGCUUUUCUUGGCCUGUUUUUGUAUUUUCUUUUACUGGUCAGUGACUAGUCCCCAUUCGGGUAGGAAUAGUUUUUGGAGAAACUUUUAGGAUCAUUGGAUUAGAUGGCAUGAAGAGCUGGUGGGUAUUGGAACAAGAUUUUCAUUGGAAUUUUUGGGUCAAUCUGUGAUGACAUUACAAGCAGUAAAAGGGACAUGGAUCUGCACAGGCAGUUGGGCGCCAGGGGGGGGGGAGGGGAAUAAUUCAGCCUAUCAGGGCUGUCUUAACUAGUAAAAAAAAUACUGUACCUCAAUCACAGAAAGUUUAAAUAGAAAAGUUGACAGGAAUAAUAAUAUUGUUGGCAUUUCAAAAACUGUUUGUUGCUGCUCAAUCAAGUUAAAUUUACAGUCAAAGCAGGUCAAGCAUUCCCAUCAAUGACAAACUAAUGAGUUCAUUAAUGGAAAAAUGAUUUUGUUUGUUGAUUCAAUAAUCCGUUCAUAAAAUGAGCAAUCCAAUACUCAUAUCCAGCCUCAAUUCAAUAAUGUACACCAUUUUGCUGCCAGUAAUCAGUGCAACGGACCUGACCUCUUAGAAAACAUGAUUGUCAAACUGAGGUCAGUGUAUGUGCAGUUAUUGGUGGAUUUUGAUCCUCGGCCUUUGCGUUUGCAAUCUGUCUAUUCUAGCUAUUAUUUUGAUUAAAGGCAAUGAAAAAUGCAAUCAUUAAUGGUAGGAAAACGGAAGCAAAUAUGAUUGAUCACAACAGAAGGUAGAUUUUGUUCAUAAAACAAAUCAACAUUUUAUUAAUGGAUUUUUGAAUCAACAAACCAAAUCAUUUUUCCAUUCAUGAAUUAAUUAGUCCACUAGCAACAGGAGCACUUGACAUGCUUUGACUGUAACAAUAAGGAUAUUUUUAUUGUAAGCUGAUACAAAUUCAAAUUCAGAGAUAUCUAUAUAACUUAUUAUAGGCACUGGAUUUUGCAUAAACUUUGUGAAUGAAAAAUUUUAGUGUCAAUGUUUUAAAUCAUACAUAUAUCAUGGCAAUGAUUCAAAUUUUAAAUUUGACCUAAUGAAAGUGAUUUUUAAUAUUAUUUUUCCUUGCCAAAUUUGAGCUUUGUACCUGCAAAGAGCCUCUCGUACCUUAUAAACACCUCAAUUUUUUAUUACAAAUAUAAUGGUAAUCAUUCACAACCUAUCAGUACUCUGUAAGCCCAACUAAGGCAGGUGCAUGAUAUACCAAGUGAAUAGCAAGUCUUGUGUGAUAUCACAAAGAACACAACAAUGAUCCCUAGCCCUUACACAAUAACAUAAUAAACUUCACUCAACAGAAUGGCACAGUCGUGCAUACAUUACCGGUAACUUGGUUUAUCAAGCAUCAACCUGAAUUAAACUACAGCACUCUCGUUUUUGCCUUACAUAUACAUAUAGUUUGUGUUUUGCCUGCUUUCAUUAUCAGGCUGGUUUACUAUGUACACUUAGACUGCGAGCUGUCCCUCUUCAGUCAGUCGAGUCUAAGUUCAGCAGGACUGGAGAGAUCGAGUUUUUUACUUUCACUCGCUUCGCUCGAUUUCCUCGCUUGCGUGACCAUCCUGAGGGACUGCGCGCAGUCUAAUGUACACUGUAUUAAAACAUCUUGUAGAUGUGAAUUUCCCAGGUGCUCCCAAAUUAAUUUUGAUAGACACCUGUAUUUACAAUUAUUCCAUGAUAAAGUUACAGUAAAUUUUUUUCUUGCUCAAUAGUGUUUAUGCUUCUAUGUUAUGGAGAUGAUCUGAGGAAGCUGAUGCUUAUUAUAUAUGAUCUUGGCCUCUUGAAUGGAGAAUAUGUUUUUUUUACGAUGGAAAUUCUACUAGCCUCAUGUGAAGCCCAAGAUGGAAGAGAUGUGGAGGCAUGCAAGGCCUUUGAAGGAAUCCUUGAUGUUGGCCAGUACAUUCCUGAUUCUCAAGAUUAUGAGGACUUCAAAACAGCUGUUUACAAUAGGAUGCCUGAGAUGAACUAUACCAUGAGUUUCCCUAAUCAAGUAAGUACCCUAAAUUUACAAGAGAUGAAGAAGUACAAAACCACAAUCAUGGCAUUUUAUGAAGCUUUUAAUUACUUUGUGAGUGCAUCUAUUAUAUCCUAAAUGUUGAAAUGGAUAGGGGUAUUAAUCACUAUUCAGCAUGCAUGUUUGCCUGAAAUGGGUAAUAAAGUUAAUGUUUAUAGCUCUUCAAUGAAGGUGAAAAUUGGAUUUCUGGGGUUUUUCAGUAGACUUUUUUGUAGUUGUCAGUUUAUUAGCUGAAAUAUGGUCAGGUAGUUUGAGACUGUUAUUUUUUAAAACAAUACCUUGCUCAUGAGAAAAUCAAGGCAAAUAUUAUGACCCUGCUAGUGCCAGUUCUUAAGCCUUGGACAUCCUACUUUAGUUCCUCUGCAUGUGCUUUAGUCUAGCUCAGUCAUGAAUGGAUUAACAGGUUCUUGCGAAAACAAAGACCCCAAAGACAAAUACCUUACUAGGCAUGGCUUAGACUUGAAUGCAGACCCCAAAACAAAGGCAUUCCUGAAAAUUGGGGGGUAAAAACCCAAAAACGCAGACCCUCAAACAUUUGGGGUAACACCUGAAAACGCAGACCCUAAAACAAAGAUCAAUCUUUCCCUUAUUUUAUUUUUUUGCAACAACUGUAGUUCAUCACUGUUAAGGUAAAAAUUUUUCAUCUUUUUUGAAGAUUAUGGUAAAUAUUCAAGAAUUUAAGAAUUAAUUGGGAUGACAGAAUUUCAGGCUAAAUUUGUUCUAAGAACUUCCAUCUGAAAAAGUUACUUCAGCUCUCUUUCUUAUCUAAAAGUGAAGCAAAAAGUGAAAGAAAUUGAUUGUUUAACUCAUGCUGCUUAAUACUCGAUACAUCAGACGUUUACUUGAAGGCCUGCAUCAAAGACUGUUCUUCAUAGGGAUGGCUCUCCACUAUCUGAAUGCCUGAAACAGGCUAUCUUUACCAGGAUUCAAUUUUUUGAGCUUUACUUCAAUUGCCGCCAUACUAACAGGUGCAGUGAAAGCAAUGUCUGACAUUUCGACUCGCAAUAUGAUCAUUGAGCCAUUACAGCAACCACAAGCAAGUCACCGAUGAUUCAAUUAAUCAAUCAAUCAAUCAAAGACUUUUUUGACUUUUGACUUUUUAUUUAGUGAAGUUUGGAUUUUUAGAUAGCAAAAAAUGACAAUAUCUUGGAAAUAACAAAAUAAUGAACUAAUGAUUCAUCUCCUGUAACGGAAUUCAGGAAACCAUUUGUCAUUGACCUCUUGUAUGAACUGUAUGAAGACAGAUGCCAAAUACUCUGUUUGAAGGCUGAUUAGCUCUAUUCCAGGGUUAAAAUUUAACACUUUUUUUUUUUUCUUUUGUUCAAAAGCUUUUUCUUAGACAAUUUUCUCUAUUCUAUCUAGAGCACCCUCUCAACAAUUUGUAAGAAAAGAGAAUUAAACUGGAUUUGCUAUUUAAGCUUUCAUUUCUGGAUUCAAAUUUCAGACUAACCCUAGGUUAUUGCCAACGAGGCAACCGAGCUAAGAAGCGAGGUUACCUUGGCGGCAGAAUUAGGCAAAAACUCUAAAAUUCUGCGUAACCUUCUAAAAUUUGCAUUUUUGACCAUAUUUGGGUAGUGACGUCAUGGUCUUGCAUUUACACCUUGUGGACCGAAAUUGUGUGAUGCCGUGUGCAGCUGUUCAUUGUCUGUUCAAGAAGACCUAACAAGUGAGCAAGCGUUAAUACGAUUUCUAGUUUGAAAGGGCAAUUAGUGCUCUGGUUUGCUUUAUAAAUUGUGUUUGAAGCAGCAGCUGAUCAAGGAAUAGGGUUUUUUGCUCAAAUUUUUGUCAGAACCAGCUUGCUCUUUGAAGCUCGAUUUACAUUGAGGUAGCGUGUUCACUUCUCAACUCAGAACCAGGGUUUUCGGUGUUCUCUUUUCCUUUUUGAAUUGAAUUUUAAGCGGUAGUUGAUCAAGGCAUAGGGUUAUAUUCUCAAAACUUUGAUCAAAACCAGCGUGUUCUUCCCAGGUCCAUUUACAAUGAGCCAGUCCUCACCUCCCUUGAGGAAUGCAACGUAUUUGCAGACCUCUUGUUUUGAAGACUAUCAUUGUGUCUUUCAAGAGACUCUUUGUCCUGUGACACUCACUCAUUAGAUCUUUGUAUUUUAUUCAAGUUUAUAUUUUUACACCUCUGAUACAUUCCGCCCCAUUCUUGUGCUUUUCACUCAGUUUACUUCACACCAAUAUUUUCUUAUGUAUAUUACCAUGCGAAAUAUUUUUCUUAUCCCUGAUGAUGCUGUUGCUCGGAAUUUAAUUAUUAUUUUUAAUUUCAGCAGUCAAAGGCCUCAUUUGAACUAUAUUUUUCUCUCUAAUGUUUAUGAUUUUGAUACAAUGGAAUUUUUCAGGAAACUUAAGUGCUAACUUGCUCAGAUUUACCAACAAAGCUUCAAGCCAUGUUAUUAUUGUUUAAUAAAAGUGAAAGCCUAAAUGUGCCAAAGUUGUUGUUUUGAAGUUGGGUGCCAUCCUUUUCUAUAGCAGAAUCCAUUUGAAACCUCUAAAAUUAUGGGGCAAAAAAAUCACGAAGAUCUGAAUAGGCACAUUCCAUAAAAAAUGAACAAAUUCGCCUAGUUGGCACUUGUCGAAAGGGCCCUAAUGAAGAGCAAUACAUGCUUUUUAUAACAAUGUAAGAACACUGACUUUGAUGCUCAUUGGCUGAAAAUUAUCAAAAAGCUAAGAACAAACCAAACCUGAACUUCUUUUGUCUAGAUAAAAUUUUAGAUUAUGAAUGUUAAAAUUCUUGAAUAUUUAAAUAAUAUAAUCUUCAAACAAAGAUGGAAAUUAUCACAGUGGUGAACUAGUCUAUGGUUGUUGUGAAAAAAUAAAAUAAGGGGAAAAAAAACUGGAGGUCUUUAUUUUCACGUCUGCAUUUUCAGACAUACACCACUUCCACAUUUCCCAUAAUGCACCUUAUUUGCCCCCCAAAAUUUUGCAUAAGCAUUGUUUUCAAUUUCUCUUGGGACGGCUGUAACAAAAAAGAUUAUGCAAAACUUUGGGGGGCAAAUAAGGUGCAUUAUGGGAAGUGUAGAAGUGGUGUAUAGAGAAAGGGAAUGGAUGUGAAGGAAUAAUUGCAUGUGAAUCUUCAUUUUCAGGUCCGCGUUUUUGGGUGUUUAUCCCCAUGGUCUUUGUUUUUGGGUCUUGGUUUUCGGAGGGGGGGUUCACCGUUUUUGCAAUAACUGACUUGACUGCUUAUAAAACAAUUUUGAAUAGUUUGAUCAUCUUCCCAUUGCAUUCUUAAAUUCAGUUUUUCUUGACUGUAAUAUUUAUGAGUGUGAAAAGCCCUUGCCUUGCCCUUGUAGUGGCUUGGAUGUUUAUUCUCUAUACUUAUAUUAAAAGGUUUAUUUAAAGAACAUUAACUGGUUUGGUGGCCUCUUUUUCCCCAGACAAACAUCUAUGCAGCUUACUUGCAUGAUGCCAUUCUUUUGUAUGCCCAUGCCCUCAAUGAUUCAUUGAGUGAGAAUGUUAACGUCGGUAAUGGAAAAAAUAUAUCAAAGUCAAUGAUUGGACAGCAGUUUUUUGGUAGGCAUUGUCACUGUUGUUCAUUUACAAUGAGAAAGGAAGUAUAUUUUAUAGAAAUUGGACAGCCAACAUAAAUGUUAUUAAAAUAAUAAUAAACCAUUUUUAUUGCUCUUCCCCAAAAUAUCAAACAAUUGCCUUUCUUGAAUAAGCUCCCCCUCCCCCUACACUUUCUUAAAAUUAAUAGUAGGGAUAUAAGGAAAACCUGUUUCUAUUGCCACUUUAUUUAAACUUCUUAAGCUUCAACUUUAACAUUCACCCCAAUAUAAAGUACAUCUGUGCAUGUAAAUUACGCUUAACCCAUUCGCUCCUGGAGAUUUUGCCGAAAAACGCGUUUUGAAGCUAGUCGAGUGGUUUUCUGGUCACUGUCGUGCUAUAAAGAGCUAAAACUUACCACAAACCGGUUUACAGGUGGUACCCUUGGCGGCCUUCUGAUCCAGAUGCAAAAUAUCAGCUUGCGAAGUUCGGGCAUGCGCAGAAAGCAAAAUUUCGACAUAGUUUUUGGGUUUAAAAGUGACACAGCAGUCUUGACUUUUACUUUUCGCUUUCUCUCCUCCCUUCUUUUUUCGCUUUUCUUGUCUCCUUUUUUUUUUUCUCUUGCUGGGCAUUUAGUAGGCUUCAUUUUGGUGGGAAGAGUUUUUAGGAAAGCUUUUAGGAUCUUAGGAUUAGGUGAAAGGAAAGGUAGGUGGGUAAUGGAACAAGAUUUUCAUGGAGAUUUUCAGGUCCUUGUCACGUGGUUUUUUGCUUCUUUCUCCGGUGUCCUUGACUGAAUUGUGCUCAUUCUGGUAUGGUUUGAAAGAUCUCUUCACUCUGCACAAGUUAGCGGAGAAAGUUGUCCUUGACCGUUAAAACUGAUGACGUCACAAAGGGUAGAAAGGACCUGGAUCCACAGGGGCGAAUGGGUUAAUUACAUUCAUGUAAGCUUAAUGUUUACAAAGUCUUAAUGUGGCAUUUUUUGUUUUUCAAUUAUAAAAAGAUGUAGCCAAAAGAAAAUUAUAGUUGGUUGAAAGAAAAUCUUAAUAAGCCCUCUUGAUUAAAUGCGCCCCCCCCCCCUUCAAAAAGCACCUGGGCACUUAUUCAUUUAUAAACUGCAAUAUGACUUUCCCUUUUUUUUAAAUAAAUUUAAAUGAAGCGUAUGUUUUGUUCUAGUAAUUCAUUGCGUAGAUUUCCAUGGAAGUCCAAGAGCAUAAGUUGUGAAAAAAGUCUGUUUGAUGUCACCUGUUAAUGGUUUUAAAUGAUGUUGUAACUGUGGCCCAACAACUAAUCACAACAUCCCAUUUUUUUCCUUGUUUACAGGUGUCUCAGGUCCUGUUGGAAUCGAUGAGAAGGGCGAUAGAGUUGCUUCUUACAGAAUCCAAUCAUUUUUGCCAGGGAUGAAAACUGUGAGGGUUGCUAACUAUUUUGGCACAAAUGGAGAGCUGCAGUUAUUGAAUCGAACCAUUAUAUGGCCUGGAGGAACAACUACGAUUCCUAUUGGACGGCCAGCAUGUGGCUUUGAUAAUGAGUUUUGUGAGGAAAAAGCAAAAGGUAUGGAGUCGAUGCAAUUACUGGCAUAAGCAACCAACAGUUUUUUUUAUUUAAAAUAGUUUAUCAUGACUAUAUUUUUUACAAAUUGAAUGCAGGCCCAUUAUGAGUCUAUUUUGAAUUUGUAAUAAGGUAAAAUAUAUAGGGGUUAAAUACUAGAAAUACGUUUUUGCAAACAUCUUGUAAAGCUAAAAAGGAUCAACAGUUAGAAUAAAAAUGGAAACAAGCUAAAGGGUAAAAACACGAUGAAAGAAAAAAUAAAACAAAAAAUAAAACUGCAAGUUGCCCUGCCGGGAUUUGAACAUGCACCCCAACUUCCUCUAUCGUAAAAAGUGCAGCCUCAUACCACUGGGCCAUGAGAACACUGAACAAUCUUCUAUUUAAAGUUAAUAGUCUUAAAGUAUUUUUUUCUUCCAUUUACACUGUUUGAACCUUGUGGAGCUGUAUUUAUCAUGAAUUCAAAGAUACAUGUGAGGAAAAAUAGCUUAAACAAGUAUUUCAAAGCCAUUUUGCAUUAUUUCCGUGUAUAUUCACUCUCGGGCUUUACAACGGCCGCUAGAUGAACUCAUUUAGUCUUCUUCGCUGAAGUUCAGGUUGCCAUUCUGUUAGUGUUAAAUCUCCCACGACAAGGAUUUCCAGCCACUUGUCGAAUCGGGCACUGUUGUGUUUGCAGCCCUCUGUUAUUUGCCUCAGAAAUACUUUGCGAUUCGCCAGGUGAUUCGCCAACGUACAGUAAACAGAGGUUGAAUGAAAUUAGCCCCAUUUGGUGGCCAACCAGUUGUGUUGCCUGGAAACCCAAAAUGCACAAAUGACCAUGAUGCCAUGCUGAAUGAUGUCUUUCCGAUAGAAAGAAAGAUUUAUGACCAAUGCGAAAUCACACUCUGCUUGCAAUCCUCUUACGCGACAAAAUAAAAAUUAUAAACACGUUUCACUCACAUUCCACAACAAUAAUGCUUUUCUGUUGUUGUAGAGGAAGAUCCAACAUGGCCGUACAUACUGGCAGGGAGUCUGGUUGUUGUUCUUCUUGUGGCAGUUCUUGUUGGAUUUUUGCUAUGGCAAAGGUAUGAAUAUUAAUUUUUGUAACACUUUCAUAAUAAAGUUUGAAAAAACAACAACAACCCCAACAACAAAAACUUGAAUAGCUGAAUUAUGGGUGAAAACAAUAUACAUUCAGUAGUUUCCAUGAAGUCUGUAAAUAGUCUACUGUUUGUAUUACAUCAAAUCAAAACCCACUUCACUGACGUUGAACUUAAUUUCUUAGAGUAUUGCCACAUCCAUCUUCUUUUUCAACAGAAAGCAAGCCUUUGAGGCAGCAUUACUUGCUCGCACAUGGGCUGUAAAAUAUGAAGAUAUUAAAUGGCCAAAGAAUAAAGGGAAAUUAGGAAGCAGGAAGAGCAUGGUAUGGUAGUCAUUCUUUCCACAGAUUUACAGAUUAUGUGAAUUUACAGGUUGCAAUUUGGCCUCCAGAGGAACAGAAUUGAAUCACUUGCAGAAAAAAGGCAUGAUCAAUGCAAGCAGACUUGUGGUAACAAGUUAUCUGCCUCUCCCUAGUCUUCAAUUUUAUGCUGUUGAGUUAUUGAUCGCUGAUCAAAAAUGUCAUACAAUGUGAUAAUAAAUAAUAAUUAAAAAUGUUUAAUCAAUAAUAAUUAUUCACCGAAAAUAUUACAGUCAAACCCUGCUUUACGGACACCCGAGGCUAUUAAUAUGGACACCUCACUAUUACGGAUAGUUUGCUUUGUCCCGGGGAAAAGAAAGCCUUUCAUUUCCUCCAAAUUCCACCUGCUAUCUGUGGACACCCCAUUAAUACAGACACUUUCUAUGGCCCCCUCAGUGUCCAUAUUAACCGGGUUUGACUGUACAACUUGCAUGUUGUCUAGACUAUUCUCACAGUAGAGCUGAAAUGCAUUGAUGACUCUUUUACGAUCCAUUUUGUGCAUUUUUCAUGUUCUAAAACAUGGCACAAUGGCCAUGCUUAUUCUUUUGGUUUGUAAGAGUUAUAUAAUACAGUCAACUCUCUCUAAGACGGACACCUUUGGGACCGGCACUAAGUGUCCAUCUUAGAGAGGUGUCCAUCUUAUAGAGAGUCAAAUAAAAGGAGUAAAGAGAGGCAGGGACCAACUCUUAAGUGUCCGUUUUACAGAGGUGUCCGUCUUAUAGUGGUGUCCGUUAAGAGAGAGUUGACUGUAUUAAGAAUUAUACAUUUGAUUGUGUGUACUCUAUGGUAAUGGGUCUGUAUAUGGGACAAAAAAUUCAAAAGUUUACAUAAUUUAGUUUGACUUGCUUUAACUUAAAGGUGAAAAAUAAAUGGAAUUCUCAUAAAGAGAUGAGAGUUGGGUCUUUUUAUUUGUCGAUGAUUGAUGGUGAAAUCUCAGCUGAUUUUCAACACUAAUUGUACAUUUGCUGGUCUGAGGAAGCCGUGGAAGUAUCAGUCUUAUUGCUAAAAGUAAAAACAGUCUUUAAAAGUAGUUUUGUUGAUUUUUGUUUAUUAUUUAUAUGACUUCAGCUUUGAUGCUUUGUCAAAUCUCUUUCUAUAUAGGCUAGUAUGGCUGGAAGUGAACGUGGGUCAAUGGAUGAUAUUAGAGGGCAAAUUUUCACAGUCCUUGGAACUUAUGAGGUUGGAAUUUAGCGAUUGUUGCCAUAGCAUGUUGGGGCUGUAAUGACAAUAUAGUUCAAUAUUAUUUUACUCCUUUUGACCUUCAUUUACAGGAAAUAUAAAAUACAUUAUAUAUUGUUAUUUACUUUUUGGCAUGGUUGUUUAAGAUUCUUCGCAUUAAGAAAAAUAAUCGCUUAAGGCAAAUUUCUGUUUUGUGACACUUGUUAGGGAAUAGAAUAUCCAAAACCCUGUUUCUUUUAUGAGCAUUUUCUUGCCAGUACCAGGUUGGAUUUAUUGGAGGAAGGUUUUAAUUGGGGAGCAACAUCUUACCAUAAUAAAAUUAUAAAACUCUUAUUGCAAAAGUGGCACAGAUAGUGCAACACAAAUGUAUUGUUAAGGCUUGUGAUUUUGCACAGACAAAUUUGCCGUUCAGUCAUGGGAGUUGGGGAGCAGGAAGAUAAAAAAUGAACACAAUAACAGCAAGAGUUGUUUAGGUUCACACAAACCAAAAUUCUACAAUAUCGAUGAAAAAAUGAGCUUUUUGUACAAAACUUAUUACCUUUGUUGAUAAUGCAUGAUGAUGUAGUAUAUUAACGUUAAAAACAUUUAGAUGCUACAAAUAUUUCUUUAGUCUGGCUCAUGAUGAAAAUUUAUUUCCUGGUAAUGAAGGAUAAAAAUUGCACAGUUUAGGAUAAAGGCACUGGAUUACAAAAUGUACUUGGUACUUGUGGUGACUGGCAGUGACUUGGCUCUCUCUUUGCAUAGCAUCAGUUUUUUUUUUAUCAUAAUCAUUAUUGCAUGCAUAUGCUGAGCAUACCUUCUCAAUCCAUAGCAUAACUACAUUCACUUUUUAAUCCUUAAAAGAAAUAACCUCCUUCAAUUGUAAGCCCUGUUGAGAGUAAGUGCUAAAGUAGGAGCAGAAUAUACUCCGCCAGGGUCCUAAACAGGGUCAGGGUUUGCAGCCCUCAUCUAUUUAACGGACACAGCCCAUCCCACAUUUCCCUUAAAGCUCCCUUAGGGUCUGAUUCUGAUUCAGAUAAUUAUGAUGUUCCUGUGUAGGUGGAAUUAAUUUUACCAGGGGAGAAGGGCUUAUUUUUUAACUAAAAAAGCCUAAUCCUAAAACAUUUCCUAACACAAAUCAUUCUCUCGUGAAGAAAUCAAUCACUGAUCAAGCUUAUUAUUGUUUUUUGUUGGUUUGAUCUUUCAGGGUAAUUUGGUUGCAGUUAAAAAUAUACAAAAGGCGAAAGUUAACCUAGAUCGAGAUGUCUUGUUGGAGCUGAAAGAGGUAAUUAGCUUUUUUAUUACAGACUAAAAUAAUAAUUAUUACUAGUAUGUAAUAUUAGUCUGUAUUAAUUUACCUAUUUUUGAAUGUAGUUAAUAUUUCCUUUUCAUUUGAGAAUUCAUUAAUCAGCAGUUCAUGAAUGAAGCUGAGUAGGAUAUGAAGAAUUAUGGAGAUCUCGGAGGGUGUUAUCCACCUUGAUCUGUAUAAUUCUUCACAUCCUAUCACAGGCAGCCCAAGCGCACUAUUUGUGGGUUCGGGCUUCAGAGGUCAUUUGGUCGGAAUAUACUAGCAUUAUUAGUGUAUUAUCUGAUGCCAAAUAAAUGCAAAAAGUCUGAAAGAUAUGAAGUCUUCUUGUUUGUCUAUCGGUACUAGUAGCCUUUAAGAUAACGAAAAUCGAUAUUUUUGCAUUUUACAUGAUUGGGCCCUUAUUGAUUUAUUUUAUCACAUGCGCUCGAAUCUACAACGCUAAUGAAAAAAAAUCAUCAUGAAUUGAUUGAAAUAUUGAUUAAAAAAGCCCCACGGUUGAGUUUUCGCUUAGCCCACUCUUUCCAUCGAGUACCGAAUACUGAAGAAAUCGACUAAACGGCUUAAACCAGCCGAGGACACAGAGUGGCUAUGAACUAAAAGGUAAGGGAGCUUUUUGAAUCAAUAUUUCGCGUGAUCAUGAUUUUUUUUUUUCCUUAGCUUGUAGAUUCGAAUACAUGUGAUAAAAUUCGAUCAAUAAGGGCCCGAAUCACAUGUAAAAAUGCAAAAAAUAUCGAUUUUCGUUAUCUUAAAGGCUACUAGUACCGAUAGACAAACAAGAAGACUUCAUAUCUUUCAGACUUUUUGCAUUUAUUUGGCAUCAGAUAAUACACUAAUAAUGCUAGUAUAUUCCGACCAAAUGACCUCUGAAGCCCGAACCCACAAAUAGUGCGCUUGGGCUGCCUGUGAUCCUAUGAAAGCCGAAUUCAUCAAUUGCUUUAUUAUUCAUUCAAAAUAAUUUGUGGUUUAAAAACAAGCUAAAACAUGCACACCUUUGUCCAAGUCAAGUUCACCUCAAUAGAGCACAUUUAUAAGAUAAAGGGCUGUUCAGGCCUGCAAAUAUACUCCAAAUAGCAGAUGUUGUCCAUCGAGUUGUCUUUUUGCUAUGUUUUUAGACAAGAGUUCGUUGUGAAACAAGUAAAAUGUUCUGCCGAUUGUGUGUUCGGCCAUUUUUCUUUUCACAACCAAAACAACUCAACCUCGUUCCCAGGUCUUCUUGGUUAACGGUGCAUUAACGUGCAACUGUGCUGCACUUUUGACGUCAUCAGUUGAUUAAUUGCAAAAUUCACUGCCCAGGGACACGAUCAUCUGGACUGAGAAAGGGGUUUCACAGCUAGCAUGAUCUCACCAGUUUUUUUAAGACCUUGGUUGAUGGUCUGGCCAGGGUUUGAACUCACGACCUCCCACUCAGCAGACUGGCGCUCUUCCAACUGAGCUAACUAGGUGGUGGUUGUAUGAUGGAAAUCCAGGGGAAAUCGAUUUUGGUUUGAGUUGGCGUGGUUCCAGUUAGUGAGGGUGCGAGUUAUCGGGAGUCAAUUGUAUAUUGAUACCAAGGAAUAAACAAAUAUUCAUGCUUAUAAUUAUAAUGAUAAUUAUAUCACUGUCAGCUAAUCUCUCAGUAUUGAUAUAGCUACCUUUUGACUGCAUAUGUAACAUUAUUUGCUUCAUUGUCUGCUUCCAGAUGAAAGACCUGACACACCCAAACAUUAACACAUUUGUUGGUGCUUGUGUUGAUCCUGGCAACAUCUGUAUCUUGACCCAGUACUGUCACAAAGGAAGUCUUCAGGUAUUGUAUAAAAACAUUUGUAUUUUUCCCACAUUUUUUCACAUUUUACUCUUAAUUACACCUCAUCACUUCAAAAUGUAUCCUGUGUAAGUAUUUUUUUUUGCGACUAUUAAACUUGACCAUGUAGCUUUAUUCUUCACUAAUUUAACUCCACAUCCAAACUCUGGAAUCUUCAGUUGAUAUUGUAGAAUGAUUAGUUGGCGAAAUAUACCUGUCAGUUGUGUUCAAGUAACUUAACACUAACGUGAAAAUUUAUACGUUCUAUUCCCAGGAUGUAUUGCAUAAUGACAACCUCAAACUGGACUGGAUGUUUAAAAUGUCUAUCGCAUCUGAUGUUGCCCGAGUAUGUACCAUGUUAAUGAUAGAAAAAGUAUUCUGUCAGUUUUUGCCAUGUGAUUAACAAGAAAAAAGAAAAUCACAAUCAUGAGAUGAUUCUUUUGCCUUCCUUUCAGUAUACCAUACAGCAAAAUUUCAAUAAAAAUCCCCUCUGUUUAUAACCCCCUCACCAUAAAUUCCCUUAGCUUGGCAUAUGUAAAGAAUAAUAGUGUGUUACAGUAGAAUUGCACUUUUACAUGUUACAACGUAAACUACAAGAUAAAAAGUUAAAACGCUUUGACUGUCCACUCCUGCAAAAUGUAUAAACAGUAGUGGUUUUACUUUUAUGGCAUUAUGUACGAUUUUUUUCAUUUUUUGCAGCAAGUGUUGAAUUUGGUAUGUUCAGAGUGUUAUGUUGUCACAAAUUUCUAGUCAAUGCCCCAUUAUUAUUAUUAAUUUGAAAGUUAAAAUUGCCCUCCAGUUAUAAGGCUAUGGGAUUAUUACGUAUAUAGGCCCCUCAAAAGGCAGGGAAAAGAUUAAUGUUAUCCUUAAGCAAUUUUACUCUAUUCGACAAAAUUACAACUGAAGAGUCAGAUGGCCAAUAUUCUAAAAACAUCAGAAGUGUUAAGUCAUCAACUUGAACUUCAACUGAACUUCAGAGAUCCUUGAAGACUCUAAACCCUUUGCUUCAGCUUUGGAAAUCUUCAGAAUACUUCAGUUCAUCCCUUGCUAUGUCGUAAGUCUUUGGAAUAAUUUGAACAUCUGUCAGCAGUUAUUAAGGACUGAUACCUGACUGAUUACUGUUGGUAUGCUUGGGAUUUAUUGUAGCAUUCUCUCCUUAUUACAAAUAAUCACGAAACACUUUACAUGUACUAUGCCACCACCUGGCAUGGUUAGCUCAGUUAAAAAAGUGCCGGUCUGCCGAGUUGGAGGAGACAGGUUCAUGCCCCAACCAGACUUCCGACCAGGGUCUUUAGAAAACCAGUGAUUUUGUUACAGAUGGUUAUGGUGAGUCCUAUGACUCAUCUUGUGAAAAAUCAUGUGUCCCAGUCCAGAACCAUUGAGUCCCAGUUCAAAAAACAAUGUGUCCCAGGGUCUUUUGUAACCACACAGUUAAUCUGAGGACAGACUCCAAAACUCUGCAUUACAGUUUACUGAAAUAAAAAUAUACUCCUUCAGGGCUCAAAGUUAGCGACUAACUGGUCGCAUAUGCGACUGGAUUUUUGGUUGUGCGCCUAAAAAUUCAUGUGUAAUCGCACCUGUGCACCGUAAAACCCAAAGCACAGUGCGACUGACUUACUUCCGACUAUACGUACGAACUCGAACUAGAAAGACGGUAUAUGUUUAAUUGGUCUUUUCUCCCAGUGGAUUCUACGUACUUGAAUGUUCUUUUUCGUUUCGAUGUUUUACUCCAUCCCAGACUCUUCUGUUUUGUAAUAAACACCGCUGACACAUGCAAAUACAGUCGACUCCCGAUAACUCGAACCUUCCCUAACUCGAACCUCGCGCUUACUCGAACCAAAAUUGAUUUCCCCUGGAUUUCCGCCAUACAUUCACUGUAAUUUUACCUUCGGUGACUCGAACCUUCGGUGACUUGAACCCUCGAUAACUCGAACUCCCGCUAACUUGAAUCAAUUUUUGUUUCCCCUCAGGUCAUUUUCUAUAUAAUUUUACCCUCGAUAACUCGAACCAUGCUUUGAGCCCUUAAAAAGUCGGGGGAAAAAAAAAAGCCGUCUACUGGCGUCCGAGACAUUGAAUUUUGGACUUCCUAUUGACGUGUUGUAGGAGUAUAGUUUACAAGUGGAGGCUGAUAUUGACUGUCGCAGGCUAAAGUGAAACAGCUUUGCUUCUCAAAACAGUAACACGUAUGCUCUAUUUAGGCUGUGGUUUGUUACGUUACGUUCUGAUAUAUAAUCUAGAAGUAUCUUUUACUUUUCACUUGACAUUUCUACCAUUAAAUGUGAUUAAAAUGUUCACUGUGCAAUAAAAACUGUUUUUUACCUUACUCUCGGCUAUUUUCUUCGAGCUCCCGAUAACUCGAACUUUUUGCGAUUUCCCUUGAAGGUUCGAGUUAUCGGGAGUCGACAUGUAUAUGCUACAAACGAAACACAUACUUUUUGCGCAAUGGACGAUCAUGUCGAAUGUUCAGUUUUAACGUCAAUCAAAACAAAAACAGUGCGGAUUAAGAACCUUUUUUUCCAGGUAAGAAAGUUUUUUAAGUCGUAUUCCAGUCACAUGUAAGUCAUUGCACAUUUAACAAAUUCAUUAUAGAUUAAUUUUCAUUCUCGUUCGACACACUCAUUGUUGUCAGUUUUGAAAUGUUUUUCAAGUGUAAGUUCUCUUUAGUCACAACUGUACUGUCAAAAAGAGAAAUUAGUAUUAAAAAUCACAACUGUAUUACUGUGUAGCAAAUCGGCUGUGUUUUAUCAAUCACAGGACUGAAGUAAAAGUAACAAACUGAAGAUGACAAAUAAACGUGGCACUGUUAAGCUUUUUACUUUUUCUUUUGAAAUAGAUGCUCCCAACAUUAUAAGCCUAAAAAUUUACAUCUGAUAGCACAAGUGCUCCCAAACUGAAAUUUAAACUUUGAGCCCUGUCCUUCUAUUGUAAACAGGGUUCGCACAGUCUUGAAAAGUCCUUGAAUUUUAGGGGAAGUCCUUGAAAAGUCCUUGAAUUCCAUUUUUCCUUGAAAAGUCCUUAAAUUUCUGUUCAAGUCCUUGAAAAGAGCUUGAAUUUUCUUCAACUUUGAAUGUAGUAGCCUGGAAAGAAUUUUUUGAUGCUUUUUGGUUGUCCAAGACAGAAUAUAAAUCGUAGCUCAGUGAAUGUAAAGGUCACUUACAUAAAGUGCUCCAUGUUUUAUGCUAUAAUUAACUAUCAGUUUAAGACAAGUGAACUGAAAAAUGUAGAGAAUUUGGUGAAGCAAACAGUUAAAACCUUAAAGUCUUAUUAGAAUAUACUGGGAAUAUGCAUUUUUGUACAAUCUGUGAAAUUAUAUUCCUAGUAGGUUGUCCUUGAAAAUCUAAUGUGGUCCUUGAAAAGUCCUUGAAAAGUCCUUGAAAAAUGGUUGCAAUUUUUUGUAUGAACCCUGUGUAAAGCACAACAAAGACUAAAAGAAAUAAGUAUCUUUAAACAACAGCCACAAGAACAGCCACAGAAAUCACACAAACAGGAUAUUCUAGAAAAACAUCUUCAGAUCGAUCAAUUGAUCUUGGCGUCCUAUGGAACGCAUACCACAAAUUAUUUUGUGUCAAGAAGAUGCAACAGUGUAUUGUUUCUUUUUUAGGGAAUGAACUUUUUACAGAACAGUUCACUCCAGAUUCAUGGCAACUUGAAGUCUUCCAAUGUGGUCAUUGAUAGUCGCUGGACAUGCAAAGUGACCGAUCAUGGUUUGUUUCUAUUCAAGGAAGGACAAGAAACAGACGUGGAGGCUGGAGCAGAUGCUAAAUACUAUGGUAAAGUUACACUGGUCAUUGAAAUUCUUUUCUGAGUAUUCUUUUUUUAAUUAUUGCCAUGUUGGAAGAUUUUACACAGUCAAACAGAUACAAGUAAAAAUAUAUCACAUGAUUGGUGGCAACAACCAAAUGAAUAAAACUUCCGUAACAACUGUUACAUUAUUAUUGCACAUUAUUAAGUUCCAGGUGAUAAAACCAUAACUUCCCACUUUUUGUUAACACAUAACACGGGAAAAAUAUACUAUUACAAAUAUGACAGAUGGGGCUUCAUUUGAUGUGCAAACCUUGAGUCUGGUAUUGUAGAAGAGCUUCUGCACUCACAGUAGAACACCGUGGGUAAAAAAAAAUUGGUAUCCAUGGAUCUGAGAAAUUUUUGGUGGUCAGGUGACCUUACAUGUCCCAUCGGCACCACAGAGUAACCAAUGUGAAAUGACCUUUUUGACUCUCUGUGGAACCUGCAACUUGUGUUUAACUUGAUGAUAGAUGUCCAUGUUAUGGUCAUCUUGGCCACCCAGACUUUUAGAGAGAAAAAAAAAACAACUUUUUUUUUUUACGAAACUUUAAUGUCUAUGCUGAUGUUGAUAACAGAGAAAGAGCUAGAGUGACAAAUAAACAAGUUUUGCUAGAAACACAGCAUGAAAAUUUUAAAGAGGUGGUGCAAAAUGUUAGUGGCCAGUAAGGUGAAGAUGAGCAGAAGUGUAAAAGAAAACGAACAGGAACACAUGCAACAAAAUUUUUUGGAGAACAUACGACAUCAUUUUCCUCCAUCAAAUGUGUAACUAUGUAGAAAUUUCAACAAUACAACAUACAAAACAAGGACAAAGAAAAGUACAAAUAAGUGUGUAGUCUGCUACACAGCCGUUUUUAGAGUCGUCACGCAAUGCUCCUCCCCACUAACGGCUGCUGAAAACCGAACUACAUUCCUUUCCCGUGAUUAGCCAAUUAUAAUUCAGCUCCCAUUAUCUGGAAGGUGUUCGCGCCACGUUUGCGGUACUGUGACUCCUCCAAUCACAGCUUUGCUUUUAUCAGUGCCCCAUGUGUGAAUGACAGAAUAAUCAAAAUCGUCGCGUGAAAACAAGCAAUUAACUACAGUAGUGUUGUCGUAGUCGAGUUGUAUUCAAAAUUUAGGAGAUAAGCAGCAGCAAGAAAGUCGAGCAAAUUGCGAUGCACAACAUGGAUGUGCUCACAAAGUUGCCAGGUAUAGUUUCGGGAAAUCGCUCACCUAUAAUUUAGAAGAUUGCUUUUUGAAUCAGUACCUUUGAGAGUUUAGUCUUCAUAGGAACACACUGAGCACAUCCGGUACAUUAAAUUCUUCAUUACAUAUCGGUACAUAUGCACGUUAAAUGAAGAACCAACCGAUCCUGGUAAAAGUCUUCUAGGCCUAUCAAAGCUUUUUUUCCUGGGAACUUUCUUGACCGCUUAAAACAAACUUUUUGCAAAUUAACCUUUUCGUUGUUUGAAAACACAGAGCCCGUCUAAAUUCAGCAACGAUUGAUUGAUUUGUCGAUAACUGAGAAGCGUGCUCGCUUCCUAGCGCCCUGCGGCUCACAUACUUUCAAAUUUCUUAUACAUGAUUGGCUUGUUCAUUAGACCACAAACACAAAGGGAAAGGAAUGUAGUUCAGUUUUCAGCAGCCGUUGGUGGGGAGGAGCAUUGCGUGACGACACUAAAAAUGGCUGUGUAGCAGACUAAUAAGGGUGCUGCAUGUGCAGUUGUUUCUUUUUUUUUGCCAAUUAGACCUAUUAUUUUUUUGUUUUGUUUUGCCAUUCUCGUUACCUUCACCGUUUAGCAUUACACAAUUUUAUUGUUGUGUGAGUAGACUAUAAUUAGUAUAGUAACGAGAGCUUCACUUUUAGCCCAGCUAAAUCUAUAUUUUAGGCUUUUUAAUGGACAACCUCAAAGUUAUUGGAUGCAUUGGGGUUGUACUUUGCCACGCACAAGUCACCUUAAGUAUUAAUCAUGAUAACCCCCUUUUUUUGUCAGAUGCCCUUUGGACUGCACCAGAACACAUCUUUAAUGAGAAUUUUCCCCGCUCUCAACAAGGAGAUCUUUUUAGCUAUGGAAUCGUUCUCUCUGAGAUUUUGACGCGUGGUUUGCCUUACAGCAUGUUCAAGGAUUUAUCAGCUAAAAGUAAGUGUUGUGAGUGCAGUUAUUUUGCUAAAGCUUCAGAACCAUCUCCGAAACCCUAGAAGAGCCCAACAUCUAAUUUAUAUUGUGCAUGCUGAUAAUAAUUUUAUGAUGGUGUGGGCUGUACAGUUGGGGUGUAUCUGCUUCCAAUUUUUUUAAAGUUUGUGAAAAGUUGGACCUUGACCCAUCCACACUUCAUUUUUGCCCAUAAACCUGAAAGCUAGUUUAAGAGGCUUGACAUGUGUAGGAAGAAGAGAGAAAUUCUGAACCCUGUGUGAUUGGUGCAAUUCAGUUAAACAGGCCAGAGAUUUGUACACAAAAUCAUGCUUGUUAGAUUAGAAAAGUCAAAUGAAUAUGACUUGUAUCCACUAAUAUAUACCCACCUGUAUUUUGCUUUCCAGAUGUAAUUCCUCUGAAAUAUUUUCAGAGUCCUUGGCUUGCUUACUAAAACUUCUCCUUCAGGCAAUGUAAAGCCCAGUUAAAGCAUGCAGCUAAAGGCUUCUUUUAAGGAAUCCACUGUUUCAGUCAUUAAAAAUGUAUCAGUUGUGACUGAUAAUGUACUUGUCUGUAUAACAGCAGUCUUAAUCUUUCAACAGUGGUUGUUGAAAAUGUUCAGAAAGGAGGAACUCCCUAUUUCCGCCCUCGGGUGACAAAGGAUCUGGCAGAACAUCCCCUCUUCCUACAGAUGAUGAAGCAGUGCUGGGAUCAGGAUGCUGCUUCAAGGCCCAAGUUUUCUGAAUGCCUCAAACUCCUCAAGCAAAUGAAUAAAGGAAAGUGAGUAAAACAUGCAUGCAGGAUCUCUAGUUAUCUUUUUAUUCAAGCGUACAUUCAAGAGUCUAUACUGUAAGCAUCCUAGUUUCAACAAAUUAAUGACAAUGAAAGAAGAUCUUAAGAAUUAUUCAAAGGGAUUUAUGAUUGUUUUUAAUUCUUUUUUGUAUCUUUUGUGAUCAGAAAUAAAUGUAACAGAAACGAAGCUGACUAUAACUAUUAUAGCUUUUACUUUAUGUCUGCCAACUCUCUGCAUAAUCUAUGAUAACAACUUUUAGUAAAAUCCAACUAGUGGUCUAUUAUCAGUGCUGCAUUCUGAUUGGUUGAGCUUCUACUAGCCUAUAUGUUAUAGCCCACUAGCAGCGAAAAGCACGGGCUUUUUGGCAGCAAAAAAGGAUUAAAGUCUAGCUUUAACUAGCUAAAAGUUUUUUUUAUUCUCUAUAUGUUUGACCAACUAGUUGGAUUUCACUAAAACAAUUAUUCCUCUCGCCCUCAUGGCCUCUGAGUCAAUAGCCUAUUCAGCCUUCGGCCUCAUGGGCUAUUGACUCAGAGUCCAUUCGGGCUCAAGGAAUAAUUGUUUAGUAUGACAUAACUAUGUUACAUGUAGGUAUUAAUUACCAUCUUACCAAGACACUUCUUUUUCACUUCAAGAUAAACUUCUAUCGAUCAGGUGUUAUUUUAAUUACUCUUUCCAAAUAAUAUUUAAUUUGUUUAUUUUCCAAAUAAUAUUGUACAGGGAGAUAAACAUUAUGGAUACCAUGAUCACGAUGAUGGAAAAGUAUACAGAUCACUUGGAGGACAUUGUUGCUGAACGAACUGCUGAGCUGGCAGCUGAAAAGGCAAAGACUGAUGAGCUACUGUACAGGAUGUUACCAAAGUAUGUUUUCCUUUUCCCAGGAGAAAAAUAGCAUUAAAUAAAAAAGAAAACUAAAUUCAAAUUUUUUUAAGAUUGAUUAUGACUGACAAGUGCUUUUUGUUUUUUUUCCUACUAUGACAAUUGUAUAUAGUUUCAUUUCUUUGGUCUUGUGUUACUUACUUAGAAACGUUUUAGAUAAAAGAUCAAAAUAUGGUGCAUUAACAAAAGACUUCCUUCUGACCAUGUAUUAUUAUUUACUCACACAAGGACUCCAUGGAAUAGACUUAGAGAAAGUGUAUGCAUUAAUCACUAAAGUAGAUGCUUAAAUAUUUGUCAAAGCUUUCAAAUAUACUGCAUUUUGCAUAUUUUUUAUAGAAAUAUUAAUGUGUUUGUUAUUCUAGGACUGUGGCAGAAGAACUUAAACAAGGACACCCAGUCACAGCUGAAAAUUUUGACAGUGCCACAAUCUUCUUUAGUGACAUUGUGGGCUUUACUAAGAUUGCAUCUGAUAGUACUCCAUUGCAGGUAAUAAUAAUGAUUUGACUUAGAUAUAGGAAACGAUAUUGUUGUUUCCUGGUUAUCAGUUUCUUGAAAUGAAGAAUGUGAUGUUGAAACCAAUAAUGAACCUGAUAUAGAGAUAAUUAGGUUAAACAUUUCUUCUUAGAAAUACUUGAUUAGAUUUUGCUGUAGUAAAGUUCAUAUUAUUUUAUUGAAAAGCUGGUCAUAACAGAUCACAUAACCUUUGUUUUCCUUGAUGGUUAUUAUUUCUAGGUUGUUGACUUAUUAAAUGACCUAUACACCUGCUUUGAUGAAAUCAUUGAUAUGCAUGAUGUUUACAAGGUAAUAAAGUAACUUUCUUUUUAGAGUCACUAAAUUACAGUGGCAUACCAGGGUCAUUGGUUCCUAAAAAAAGUCAAGUAAGACCUAGGAUUUAGGGGGGGAGGGGGCUUUUUUUGAUAUCUUAUUAAAUUAAAAGUUGGGGAUUAUUUAGAACUUCAAUGUUUUGAAUAAAUUUCACAUAGUUAAGGGUCAAUUAUUAUAUAAAUUUCUUUGGCUCUUAACUUUAAAAAGUAGACCCACAUAUGCAUAAUAUGAAGUUUGAAAUGCAUGUUUUCUAAACAUGUGCAGCUGUUACCUGAAACUAAAACAAAGACAAUAAUUUAUUUUGCCCAUCCAAAGGAUGCAGAAAAAACAUUCAUGCAAAAAAGGAUACCAGUAAUUUUAUUUUUGCUUGUGCUCAAAAUUUCAUAAUGUUUUGUUAAUUCCUCGGACAAGAACAACGUGAAGCUAGGCCUGAAAUAUUAGUAACAUAUGUUCAUGUCAUGUCCUUAAGAUUGACUUGAAGCCUUGUGAUAAUCUUUGAGCUGAUCAUCUCCUCACUCUUUUUGCUGAGCACUUACUAAUACUCAAGUGCUUUAAUGGUUAUAGUCAAGCUGAUCUAUUUUCAUGCUUUUUUCUUUGCUAUUAAUUUUUUGUCUGAGGAGAAGUAAGAAUUAAUAAUUUUUUUAGGCACACCAAUAAAGUACAUGUUUGGAAAUAACUAUUUAUAGGGCAAGCAAGCAAAUGUUGGUGAGUUAGACAUUAUUGGUCAUUUCCCACUGUUUGAAUUAAAGGUUGAAACAAUUGGUGAUUGCUACAUGGUGGCCUCAGGAUUGCCAUUAAGGAAUGGAAACAGACAUGCAGGUGAAAUUGCAAACAUGUCCCUUGACUUGCUAUCAGCGAUGACCACUUUUAAUAUUAGGCAUCUUCCAGGCACACAGCUACAACUUAGAGUUGGGAUUCACACAGGUAUGUUUAUCAGCCUUAUAAUCUGAACAGUAUCACGUUCUUCAAGUUUGAGUUAUGUUGCUAUCAGAGCUGUUUUCUCUGACUGGACAUUUUCAGUUCUCACACAUUUCUGAAAGUAAUGUUCUUUAAGUACAUUCCUUCAGCUGUGGCAAUAAAAGCUGUUUUACCUCAGUUGUAAUAUUGUGCAAAUCAACCCUGUUUUGUUUGUCUUUCUUUUAUUUUAGGUUUUGUGGUUGCUGGUGUAGUUGGCCUCAAAAUGCCAAGGUAUUGUCUUUUUGGUGAUACAGUUAACUAUGCCUCUCGAAUGGAGUCUUCAGGGUUUGGUAAGUUAUUAUAUUGUCUGUUAAUUUUUGCUUAUAGAAAUAGAAUUAAAAGCAUUUGGUAACAUAUCGGCAUCUUGAGACCUGUGGUUUGGUUAAACAACAAUGGUUGAUAAUCAAUUUGAAGAAACGACAGCCAAACUUUACAGUUCUCUCAAGCAGUCAUCAAUUUCACUCAUCUCAGAGUGUGUGAAUUGUCAAUGAUUUACACUUGCACCAAGCUUGUUUUGUGUUCUUCUUUCUAUUAGUGUGUGUUUGUUUGUGUAAGUUAUAUAUGUAACUUAUUUGAUAAAAUUAAUUUCCUUUUGUUAGUGAAUAAUAUUAUGCCAUGCAGGGUGGCACUAAAGUUUCCAGGGAAAAGACCCAUAUCCCACCCCAUCAAUUCUUUCCGCCUGAGUUAUUGAGAAUGUAUCAUAGACCUCAACAAAUUACACCUGGCCCCAAAUGUGCAAAGGCUGGAAUGUAUUAUUUACUGCUUGGGAUAGAAAUUUAGCCUGUGGAUUUUGAACAACUUGGGCCUUAAAAAAAGGAAAAAUUGAUAGAAUGAAAUUAAUGGAGACAUAAUAACAAAUUAUAUUAUUUUAUGAUUUCAUAUGCUUUUUCAAACAACAAUAUCAAUACAUAAUUUUUAUUGACAAGUGUCUUUAUAUGUGACCUUUUGCAUCCAUUACAAAUAUUUUCAAAAUUAAAAUUCAUUGUAAUGCAAAGAAUGAUAACCUACAAUAAUUCUCUUAUUUAGCACUUUGCAUUCAUGUGAGCCCUGAAUGCAGAGAAGUUCUUGAACAACUUGGUGGUUAUCAUUUGGAGGAACGGGGUGAAGUGGAAAUGAAGGUACUAGUAAAGGCUACAAUCACAAAGCAAUAGAUUUUAUUUCUUCAGUUACAGAUCUUUGAUAACAUCAGAAUACUAGUAGUAGUAACUACUACCACUACCACUACCACUACUACUACUACUACUAGAUUAUUAUUAUGGUAAUUAUUGCAUGAUUACGUAUUAGUGUUGACCACAUAUACUUUAGGAGGUCUCAGUUUUCAAUGAACAGCUGUACAAUGCAAAAUGGAAUUAACAUGACCAGGAUCAUUACAGUGCUUUUUUGUUGUUUUUGUUUGUUUGUUGUAAGUUUUCCUCAUCAAAGGUACCGGUUCCUAAACAAUUGUGUCAGUGAUUACUUGCCAAAAUAAUCUAGCAUGUCAUUCUUAUUUUCAAAGCUUCUGAAGACAAGACUGACAAACCUUCUACUUUAUCCUCAGGGAAAAGGGAAGAUAUUCACCUACUGGCUAAGGGGGCGAGAUGGAUUUGACAAACCCCUUCCUGACCUUAACUUACAAGCUGGGAUGGAUGAGCAUGCAUUCAAGUAGCUGUUACAGAUUUGUUAUCUUAGCAAAAAGUUUUACUAUUUGUUCCUAAAGAAAGCCUUUGAAGGACUUGGUUUUGUUCAUUUGAAAAUCUUGUAUGGUGGAAACUCUCCUCACAGACACCCUCAUAAGCGGACAGCUCUACUUAUAUGGACACCUUCAUGAAACCCCAUUUUUCCUUACCCCCAUACUAACUCUGUCUUUACACUCCUAUAAGCAGCCAGGUCUAGUUACGGACACACGUUUUUUGUAUCCCGAGGGUGUCGACUCGUGAGAGCUUCUACUGUAUUUCAUAAAGGGAAAGAUUUAUUUUCGAUCAUCUAACCUGUUUUUGUUCCUGUCAUUAGUGCCAUUUUUUACUGCCCACUUGCUGAAACAACUACUGCUAAUGAAAACUGCAUUACUGUAUGACAUGACUGGUACUUUUGUUAAGAGAAGUAUGCAUUAAGUUUUAGUUCAACAAAAACAUGCUCUUCUCUUCUAGUGAUCAUUUUCUGCAUCAAGGCUCAUUUUUGUCCUCUCCAUUAGUCAAAAUGCAUCUUAAAGGGAAAUUGCUUGUGGAUAUCUUGGAUAUUAUUGUCAUAAAAAUCAAGUAUAAUUUAAUAACAUCAUGUGGCAACCGUAGUUUUCAUAUAUAUGUAUGACUGCCAGACAGCACUAAAACUUGAGGAUAUUUAAUAAUGUAAGAAUCAUAUUUAACUACCAGGUGAAACAAAAGAACUUGUCCCCCUAGUCAACCUCUCAAUGGCUCAAAGUAAACUAAAUACAACACUAGCACAUUAUAACCAGAGUUGCACCUUGCAUGACUUGCAGCUUAUAGUCACAGUCCAUCUUAUCAUUCAACAGCUAGUUUAUCAUGCUAAUCAAAGAUUUUUUUCUCUUCAAAAAGUUUAACAGACAAAAUUAUUAUUGUACAGAGACACAUAAGGUUUGGUUUCUUUGCUGCCAUAUCAGGGCUGUCAGGCUUUAUGCCCAAAUCUUGGCCUCCUUGUUACGUUUGACUCAUUUUCAAACUUAGAAUAGCCGGCUUAUUUUACUGCCAUAGCCGGCUAGUAAAGCUUGCUAUCAGAUGCUGACAGCCCUGCUUUGCAAAACAUAAACAGAAUUGUGACUUUAUUCAGUUAUUUACCUUUAUUGGCUAUGGAAUUAUUCUUCUAUUAAGGUACAAUUAAAAAUGUUUUUGGAUUGGGUUGGUUAGGCCUAGUUUAUCACAUUACUAUUCGAAAAUAAAUGCUGAAGGAACUUGCUUGGAUGCAGUAUAGUAGUGAUCAUUAGACUCUUAUUUCUUAUUUUAAUGGAACUGAGCAUGGGUAGGGUAACUGCAUCUGAAUAAUUUAUUUUUAAAUGUAUAUUUGUAGCACAAAAGACGACAAUUAAGCCUACCAUAUUUUCUCAAAAGAUCUCCACCCCUUUAAUAAACAACACACUUCUGAGCAAAAAUAUCAUUUAAGUGCCUUUCCCUCCCUACACUAUUGUUGGCACUGUUGCUGGUGAGAUUACCAAUCAAAAGAGAAAAAAAGGCCUUGGAAACUAACUUUUGUCCUUUUCUUACACUGUUCUUAUUCUAUUUUUUUAAAAACAAAGAAGAAAGAUUACAUAAUUUACAAAUAAGAUAAUUUUUUUAAAGUGGUCCCCCAAAGAGGUGAUACAUUGAAUGUGAAAAUUACUAUGGGCUGUGGUGCUUUUUUGAGGAACAUGGUGAGCUAUUCAACAACUGUCUGCAUUAGAACAGAAAACUACAGUAUUUUAACUUGCAUAUCUCACCCAUUUUACAAGUGCCCAUUUUAAUCCUAAAUAUUACACUGCAUCUACAUUGCAGACUGUGUCUUAUGGUUCCAGGCAAAAAAGUUUGCAUUUCAACAUGCAGUCCCCAAAAAGAAGAAAGGUUUUUGUACAUAGUUCCUUCACAAUACAGUACAGUUGAACACUGCAAAGCCGAAAAAUCCAUUUUUUAGAAUUUACACAAAAGUUUUCUACAUUUUAAAACAUAGAGUUAAAAUAAAGCAUCAUAUUAAGACAUAAAUAUUUAUUAUUUGAAGAUGCUACCUUAUCCUUGGUUAAAGUUUUGAAGACUAUUAAAAAACCCUUACUGAAAUAUUGUGUGUG